AUGACUAACAAAUCAAUUAUGCUUCUGAGCCUGCUGGCUCUUCACUGCAUGUUUAUAAAUGGAAAAACAACAUGUAAAUGGCAAUUGGUGGAAGAAUGGCAUGCGCAACCCUCAUCAUAUGUGGUGAACUGGGCACUAACAGAAAACAUUUGCAUGGACGCCUAUGGAGAUUGCUGGUUUGACAUAAAUACUAAAAUGAGUACUUCAGGCAAUCUAGCUGUCCCCCAGAUUUGCCCUUUGCAAAUUCAAUGAGGAGGCAACCUUGUAAUUUCUUCUGCACCAUCUCUUCACUCUCCAGAACUAAAUUUGGUAAAUGUUUCUGAAGCAUCCUUCAUUGACUGUCUGCAGAACACCACAGCUGAAGAGCAGUUACUUUUCGGUUGCAAACUAAAAGGAAUGCACACUGUUAACUCUCAGUGGCUGACUGUUGGGACACAUUAUUUUAUUACAGUAAUGGCAAGUGGUCCAUCGCUUUGUCAACUGGGAGUUCGACUAAAUGUGACAGUGAAAGAGCGGUUCUGCCAGAAAUAUCUGAAUUCAGAAUAUUGCUCUGGGCAUGGUAAAUGUCUUACUGAAAUUUGGAGCAAGACAUACAACUGUCAUUGUGAGACUCCAUUUUCUGGAAAAUACUGCCAGGAAGUUGAUGCAUGUUCUUAUAAACCCUGUAAAAAUAAUGGCAGUUGCAUUAAUAAAAGAGAAAAAUGGAAUGAGCAAGGAUAUGAAUGUAUCCGUCCCCCACCAUGUCCAUUCUGUGAAGAGUCAAUGGGGCAUUGUGUUUCUUGGUAUUGUUGGAAAAGGGGAAUUUGCCAAAAUGAAAGCUCUGCUUACAUUUGUGAAUGUGCAGAAGGAUUUCUCAAUCAAGACUGUGAAAUUGAUGACAAAAAGUGUUCAUUAAUACCAUGUCAGAAUGGUUAUGACUGCAAUGAUAUUUCAAAUGUUACCAUAUGCAUCUGUGCACCAAUAUUGACAGGCAAGCUGUGUAAGAGACUUCAAACACCAUGUGAUUCAUUUCCUUGCAAGAAUAAUGCAACAUAUAUAAACUGUGAGAAAGAUUAUCAUUGCAGUUGUAUGCCAAGAUUUACUGGAAAAAGCUGUGAGAAAGUAAUUGACCACUGUAGGCUGCUCAGCAUCGACUGUCUGAAUGAAGGAUGGUGUUUCAAUAUAAUUGGAAGAUUCAGAUAUAUAUGUACCCCAGGAUGCGCAAGAAAUCCAUGUUGGUUUCUGAAGAAUGUUCGCUUAAUCCGUCUGUACCCUUGCUAUGGUGGAUCCAUCAGCCAUGAUAUUUGCCAAACUAUAGUUCCUACUCUUAAAUUUAAAUAUGUGUGGCAAUUGGGAUUUACAGUAUCUGAAGGUGAAAAGUGUGAAGUGACUAUUGAUGCUUACUUCUUUCUCACUGAAAAUUGCACUGACAAUGCAGACUAUGUGAACAAAUCUGAAGACAUUGAUUAUCCAUGUUUGUUUCAAUGUGAAAAAAAUGGAGGUAAGGUAAUGUGUGCAAAUGGAUGCAUUUGUUUGACUGAAGAAUGAAAUAAGGGAUAUUUUUAUCUAUUUAUUCCCAGAAUGCCUGGGAAAAUGUAUCUGGAAAAUACAACUGACUAUCAAGAAAGUCAGUGUCAACUUGAAGCAAUUUAUGAAGAUGAAUUUAAUAUAUCUAAAUGCAGCUUUUCUCUUGGUUAUACCAACAGAUUAUGUAUUCUCAGUAUUGGAAAUUGCUUAGGAAACCAGAGUACAUCACUGCAUGGCCUCUGCCAGGCCCAUUUGCACAGCUGUAACUGUAGCUGUCUGCAAAUAUAUGAAAGAAACAUCUGUGACAUAGAAAGUAAAGAUUGUAAAUCUAUGCCCUGCAAAGAUGGAGCAACCAGUAUCAUUUUAAAUGGCUAGUUCUUCUGCACGUGUGUCUCUGGAUUUACAGGUACAAAACGUGAGAUAGAUGCAGAUGAGUGUGCUUCCCAUCCCUGCAAGAAUGGAGCUACUUGCAUUGACCAACCUGGGAAUUGCUUCUGCCACUGUGUGGCUCCAUUUAAAGUGGUUGCUGGCUUCUGCUUCUGCAACCCUGGAUACCAGGGCCUGAGGUGUGAGCAGAACAUUGUUGACUGCAUCCUGAAUGCCCAUGAGCACAACUCUACCUGCAAAGAUCUGCAUCUCAGCUACCAGUGUGUAUGCCUAUCAGGUUGGGAAGGAAAUUUUCAUGAACAAGAAUCCAAUGACUGAAAAAUGAAUCCUUGUGAGAGCAAGUCCACUUGUACUGACCUUAACAAAAGCUAUCGCUGUGAAUGUACAUUCGGAUGCACUGGACAAAACUGUAGUGAAGAAAUAAAUGAAUGUGACUCUGACCUGUGCCUGAAUGGAGUUCUUUGUCAGGAGUCUACCAUCCCUGAGCAAUUUGUAUUCCUGUGCCCACCCUUUUAUAUUGGAAAAUUUUGCCAUCAACACUAUAACCCCUGUGAUCCACUCACUGACCCCUGCAGGAACAACUCAACAUGCUUGACUUUGGUGGAUGGAAAUCAUUAUUGUGUGUGUAGAGAAGGAUUUGAAGGGGAACACUGUUAAAUUAACAUGAAUGAGUGUUUCUCCCUUCCCUGUAAGAAGUAUCAUGACUGUGAAGAUGGGGUCAACAAUUUCAGGUGUGUUUGCAGACCUGUGUUUUUUGGGCUUCUGUGUGAAAUUGAAACCGAGUGUUCCUCUAAACCUUGCCAAAAUAAUUGAACCUACGUGGAUUUGACAAACGGAUUUUUAUGUAGUUGUGAACCUGGGUACCAUGGAUCUCUCUGUGAACUGGAUAUGAAUGAAUGUGAAAUCAAACCUUGUCUAGAUGGAGAAGAUUGUGUUAACAGAACCUGUGCAUACAACUGCCUCUAUGUUCCUGGUUAUACAGGUAACAUCACUUGUGAAGUAAAUAUAGAUGAAUGUCUAUCAAAACCCUGUCUCCAUGAUGGAGCUUGUAUUGAUGGCAUCAAUCUUUAUACCUGUGACUGCCAGAGUGGCUUUUCUGGAACACACUGUGAAACAAAUGCAAAUGAUUGCCUCUCAAAUCCUUGUCUGCAGGGAAGAUGCACAGAUAUCACUAAUGAAUAUCAAUGCUCCUGUGAUACAGAAUGGACUAGCUCAAGAUGUGAGAUCAAGAUUAAUAACUGCACAUCAACCCCUUGUAUGAAUCAGAAGUCAGACCAUGGCUUUACUUGCAUUUGCCCAAGUUGCUACGCGGGUGCAUAUUGUGAGGUAAGUACCGAUAGUUCUGCUGAGCAGGAACUGAAUAUGGACCUCUGUGUUAAUGGAGGGAUCUGUCUCGGUGAAUCUGGACACACAUUUUACUGCAGGUAUUCAGGAUCUGUUUUUAUUCCAGUGAAUUUUAGGAGAGUUUGUUCUACGUCUUUGAAGUAUGCCCCAGAAAAUCCCUGUGAGAAGGGAUUUGAUGAGUGCAUUCUCAAAUCAUGUGUUCAUGACAUAUAUGUAGAAAAUGAACUGGCUGACUCGACAUGUUUCUGCAUGCCUGGAUUUGUGAUCUGUUCCACCCAGCUUCUUUGUGGUGAUGAAAUAAGGAGAAUUAUCCCUUUACUUCCUUUCUCUACAAGAACAGAUGACAUCCCCUACUCAAAUAUAUAUAGUACCUACUUCAGAGGUACAAGGGCUACAAGACUAUGAACCAUAAUGAAUACUUAUCCAGUUGACCAAGGCUUAAAAGAGACAGACAUUUCCAAGCAUGAAAUUCUCUCAACCACUGGUUUGUCAGCAGUAAGUAUUGGCAUAUCCCUUGAAAGCUAUCUACUGAAAGAGCUGAUUUCUACUAGACAACUUUCAACAAAACACACACUUACUUCUUCCACAGAUGUUUCCUCUUCUCAGUUUCUGAAUUUUGAUUAUCAUGACACAACACAAAUUGUCCGGAGCACAACAGCUGUCUCACAUAUGCCUAUCCAAACUUCAGCUGUCACACCAGGAUUCUUUUUCUUCAAUAGAAGAGAGAGGACCUCGUUUAUCAUCUCUUCUUUAAUGACAGAAUUUAUUUUUCCUACGCAAUCUGUAUUACUUGACAAUGAUCAGGCUGUUGCCUUAUCUGCUGCCACAAUGAAUUCAGUAAUUAGUGGCAUUCCAGGGGCCUAUGCUGAGUUAAACAGGCACUCAUUCCUCUCCCCUGGAUUGCUGCUCACAACUGCUUCCACAAGCAUACCUCCAAUUGUUUCUAGGGCUCAAGAGGAUACUGAAGAAUAUUCAGCUGUUACCGUAAUUUCAAGAAGAGAGUACUGGAGAUUGCUGAGCUCCUCAAUGUCUCCCAUUUCUCCUGCUAAGAUAAUUAUAUCUAAACAGGUAGCCAUCUUAAACUCAUCAACUCUGCCCAGAUCCACUACACAAGCCUCCAUUCCCAGUGAAUAUCAGAUUAUUACUGAAGCAUCUAGCAACCAGAGACUCACAAACACCAAAUCACAGACUGCUGAUUCCUUAAGUGAAUUAAGCCAGACAUGUGCAACAUGUUCUGUGACUGAAAUAAAAUCCUCUCAUAAAUUCUCAGAUCAAGUUUCGCAUAGCGAACAGUCCCAUUUUUAUGAGACAUUCGGGAUGAACUCAGAGAUAUUAGCCAGCUGGUAUGCACUAAUGGGAACUCAAACUAUCACUUCUAGGCAUUUAUUUUCUUCUGCUACAGAAAUAAUGCCAUCACUAGCAUUCAGAGAACUGUCAUCUUUAUUUUCUUCUAAAAAGAGUACAAAAGGAAUAAGUUUAUCCUUAUCCUUGGAGGAAUACAUUACUUUAUCAAGUAAUUUGGAUGUUAAUUUAUGUUUGGAUAAGACUUGUUUAUUCAUCAUCCCUUCAACUGUCUCUUCUGAUCUGCUGAAUUCUGAUUUGACUUCAAAACUGACUACUGAUGAUCUGUUAGUAUCAAGAAACAUUUUUAAAAUAUUGAAAAUAGAACAAUAUGGUAUAACUGUGGGUCCCACUGAGACACUGAAUGAAGACAAUUUAUUGGGUAUGCAAGAGAAUAAAGGAUCUCAAAAACAGCUCAAAGUUCCUAAGGAUUUUAAAUUAAAUUUACAAAGUCAUCCAGAAACUGUGUAUUCAAAUGACCUCAAAUACAACCCUUCACCUUAUAUAGACUCAAUAACUGAUAUUUCAGAAGCAACUUCUGCUGUUGCAUUACACACCAUUUCACCAACUCAGUCACUUCCAAUACAGGCCUCUUUUCCCAUGUCUGUAUUUAUGCCAGAUUGGACAUAUUAUACAGAUGAUCUGUUUAACAUCUGAUUUAAAAAAAAAAAAAAAGAGUUCAGAACUUCUUCAGAAUGGUCCAAAUGGGAACUUCAGCCUAGUGUGCGUAAUUGGGAAUCUGCUGCCGCAGGCCAGUGGCUUCCCAUCACUACAUCUCUUACUUUGUCUUCAUUGGAGUCCAUUCCAGGACCUCGUCAGCUGAUGAUUUCUGGUUUCAGUUGUAUUUGUUAUUAUGGAGAUUCCUUUCUAGAAUUUCAGAAUAUAUUUUUAAAUCCACAAAAUAAUAUUUCCCUAGAAUUUCAGACCUUCAGCUCCUAUGGACUUCCGCUCUACAUCAAGCAAGACUCAAAUUUAGUAAAUGGAUUUUUUAUUCAAUUAUUUAUUGAAAAUGGUACUUUGCAGCACCACUUUUUCUGUGCUGGUGAAGCAAAAUUGCAAAGCAUUAACACUACUGUUAAAGUAGAUGAUGGACAAAGGUAUUCACUGCUAAUCAGGCAAGAAUGGGACCCAUGUAAAGCUGAGCUGACUGUUCUAGGGAGGACUGUAAAAGCAAGGGAACCUGUCAAGCACGUGUCUGGAAAACCCCCACCAGAAUCAUGGUCUGUCUUUAUUGGUGGAUUUCCAGAUCUUCAUGGAGCAAACAAGGUUCCUGGAUCAUUUGAGAAUUUUACUGGCUGCAUAGAGGUUGUAGAAAUCAAUAACUGGGGAUCUUUUCCAUCCAAGGCAGUGAAAAAAAUUCACAUCGAUAACUGCAGAUCUGCAACAUCCUCCUUUACUGCUCCUUCUGGUGGGACAGAAGGGGUGGACUCCAUGGGGACUUACCUCAGGCCCUCUCCUGCAGUGCCACCGGUGUGCCAGGAGGAUGUGUGCCACAAUGGAGGCACUUGCCAUCCCAUCUUCCUCUCAACUGGUGCAUUCUCAUUCCAUUGUGACUGUCCACUACAUUUCACUGGCCGUUUCUGUGAACAAGAUACAGGUUUAUUUUUCCCAUCUUUCAAUGGGAAUUCCUAUUUAGAACUGCCUUUCUUUCAACCCUAAGUGAGUCCUGGAAAGUCUGUCCUGGAAAAAGAACAUAACAGAAUUGUUACCAUCUACUUGACUAUAAAAACAAACACGCUGAAUGGGACCAUUCUCUACAGUAGUGAGAAGAAUUUUGGAUAACAGUUUCUUCAUUUAUUUCUUGUGGAAGGAAGGCCCACAGUUAAAUAUGGAUGUGGAAGUUCCCCAAAUAGCUUGACUCUCUCUGCUAAUUAUAGAACUAACACAAAUGCAUUCAUCCCUAUCACCAUACGCUUCACAGUGCCUGCUGGUAGCCCUGGGGUUGCUUGUAUGAUUGAAAUGACUACAAAUGGAAAACCUACAAUACAGAAGAAAUAAAUGGAACUAUCACACACAUCAAAGCAAGUAUAUUUUGAAUCAAUGUUCCUUGGCCAUAUUCCUGAAAAUGUUAAGAUUCAUAAGAAUGCGGGCCAUAUUUAUGGGCUCAAGGGCUGCAUUGGAAAGCUUCAAGUAAACAACAAAGAAUUCUUCAUCACUGAUGAAGCACUACGUGGAAAGAAUAUUGAGAACUGCCAUGUCCCUUGGUGUGCUCAUCAUCGAUGCCACAAUAAUGGCACCUGCAUCAGUGAUGGUGAAAUCUGGUUUUGUGCAUGUCCAAGGCUAUACUCAGGCAAGCUGUGCCAGUUCGCAAUGUGUGAAAACAACUCAUGUAGAAACGGGGCCACCUGUGUUCCCAAAUCUGGGACAGACAUCGUCUGCCUCUGCCCCUACGGGAGGUCUGGACUCCUCUGCAUGGACGCUAUUAAUAUCACUCAGCCCGGGUUCAGUGUGGAUGCCUUCGGAUACACUUCAUUCCUGGCUUAUUCGCGGAUCCCAGACAUCAGCUUCGAUUACGGAUUCCACUCGAAGUUUCAGCUAGCAAACAACCACUCGGCACUGCAAAAUAACGACUUCUUCUUCACCGGGCAGAAGGGCCAUGGGCUGAAUGGCGAUGACUUCCUGGCAGUGGGUUUGCGCAACAGCCGCGUGGUUAGUUAGAACCUGGGGUCCGGCAUCGCAAGUAUCAGCAGCAAUCCUCUGGAUCUGAGCCUUGGGGUCCACACGGUCCAUCUGGGGAGGUUCUUCCGAAUGGGCUGGCUGAAGGUUGAUGAUCAUCAAAAUAAACCCAUCAUCUCCCCAGGAAGACUGGUUGGUCUCAAUGUCUUCAGUCAGUUUUAUGUAGGUGGCUACAGUGAAGACACUCCAGAUCUCUUGCCAAAUGGAGCCGAUUUUAAAAAUGGCUUUCAAGGUUGUGUUUUCACUAUUCAAGUUUGCACCAGGAAGGACGGCCAUUUCAGAAGGCUGGGAAAUCCUAAGGGCCACCCAGAUGCUGGGCUCAGCGUUGGCCAGUGUGAUGCUUCUCCUUGUAGCUUAAUAAACUGUGGCAACGGUGGGACCUGCAUGGACAGUGGAGCUACUGUUUACUGUGACUGCCCCACUGGGUGGAAAGGAGCCUUCUGCACGGAGACAGUUUCCACCUGUGACCCUGAACAUGACCCUCCACGCCACUGUGGCAAAGGAUCAACUUGUGUCUCGUUGCCUCAUGGGUACACCUGUUCCUGUCCCCUGGGAACCACUGGAGUCCACUGUGAACAAGUUUUAUCUAUAAGUGACCCAUCUUUCAGAAGCCACGAAUUAUCCUGGAUGUCUUUUGCUUCCUUUCAUAUUUGUAAAAAGACACAUAUUCAAAUGCAGUUCCAGGUUUUUUCCACAGAUGGCAUCCUUCUUUACGUGGCACAACACCUAACAGCACAAUCAGGUGAUUUUUUAUGUAUCUCUUUAGUAAAUGGUGCUGUUCAACUUCCUUACAAUCUGGGUGACAUAACUGUCAUUCAAGAAACUCUCCAAAAAGUAAGUACUAACGGAAGCAGUUGGCAUGUGAUUAAAGCAGGAAGAGCCGGUGCAAAAGGCUACCUGGAUCUGGAUGGGAUAAAUGUAACAGAGAAGGCCGACGUUAAAAUUAGCUACCUGGACACAAACACUGACUUCUAUAUUGGAGGAGUGUCUUCCUUAAGUCUUGUAAAUCCCAUGGCAACAGCCAAUGGACCGGUAGGUUUUCAAGGUUGUGUCCGAGAAGUUAUAAAUAAUCAAGAAUUACAAUUAACUGAACUAGGAGCCAAAGGUGGCUUAAAUGUAGGUGACUGUGAUGGGACAGCCUGUGGGUACACUGUGUGCAGAAAUAGGGGUGAAUGUAUAGUAAAUGGCACUUUCUUGUGCAGAUGUCCACCACACUGGACUGGAAACACAUGUGACCCAUCUGUGUACUGUUUGAGUCACCUUUGUCUCCACCAAUCUCUGUGUAUACCUGACUGGCCGUUCUCUUACAGUUGUGCUUUGUGUUGGGUGGGAAGGUUUUGUGAAAGCAAAACUUCAUUUUCAACUGCAAAAUUUAUGGGUAAUUCUUACAUUAAACACAUUGAUCCACACUAUAGAAAAAGAAACCUCUAGCUCACUACUGUAUCCUUAAAUUUCAGUACUACUGAAAGAGCAGGCUUAAUUGUGUGGAUAGGAAAAGUUCAAAAUGAAGAAAGUGAUUUUCUGGCAAUUGGUCUCCAUAAUCAGACUUUGAAAAUAGCAGUUAACUUAGGAGAAUGCAACUCUGUACCGAUGAUUUAUAGCAAUGGUACAUUCUGUUGUAAUAAAUGGCACCAUAUCAUUAUAAGUCAAAAUCAAACUCUUAUUAAGGCCUUCCUAGAUGGCAAGCUAAUUCUCUCUGAGGAUAUUGACCCACACAAAAAAUUUGUUGCUCUGAACUAUGAUGGUAUUAGUUACUGGGGUUUUGAAUAUGGUCAAAAGAUAAACAUUGCUACUCAAGAGAUUUUUAAAAGAAAUUUUGUUGGUAAAAUUAAAGAUGUAUUUUUUCAGGAUUCAAACAACGAGUUAAUUGAAUCAGAGGAGUACAGAGUUUAUAAUGGAGAUGAACAGAAUUAGUCUAAAUGCUAA